AUGGCUGAGUCUAUUCUGGAAGUUGUGCUUGGGACUUUGAACAAGUUCAUUCAAGAUGAGCUUGGCUUGUUUCUGGGUGUCAAUCAAGAGAUGAACAGACUCAGUAGCACACUUUCAACAAUCUGGGCUGUGCUUGAAGAUGCCGAGGAAAAGCAACUUACUGACAAGGCUAUAAGAAAUUGGCUGCAAAAGCUAAAAGAUGCAGCUUACAUUCUGGAUGACAUAUGGAUGGAUGAGUGUGCAACAGAAGGACUUCGAUUUCAGUAUAGAAGAAAAAACUGUAGAUCAACAAACAAGGUAAGACAUUCUUCCUUAUCCUCAUUUCAUCCAAUGAUUGUACUUUUCCGCUACAAAAUUGCUAGGAAAAUGAAAAAGACAAGGGUGUUGUUAGAUGCAAUUGCUGAUGAAAAGCGCAAGUUUCAUUUGUGUGAGGCAGUUACCCAGAGGAAAACUGAAGUGAUGGAAUGGCGUCAAACUGGUUCCAUUAUUACUCAACCUCAGGUAUAUGGAAGAGAAGAAGAUAAGAAAAGAAUUGUGGAUUUUUUGGUCGGUCAGGCUUCUGGUUUUGAUGAUGUAUCAGUGUAUCCUAUAGUUGGUAUUGGUGGACUAGGAAAGACAACUCUGGCACAACUUGUCUUCAACGAUGAAGAAAUAACAAUUUUCAAGAAAACUUCAAGAGACGCUUCAGGAAAAAAAUACUUGAUUGUUUUGGAUGAUGUGUGGAAUGACGACCAAGAGAAAUGGGAUAGGUUGAAAUAUGUCUUGUCAUGUGGAUCAAGAGGUUCCUCCAUUCUUGUCACUACUCGGCUAGCAAAGGUAGCAUCCAUCGUGGGAACGCAACCUUCUCAUCAGCUAUAUGGUUUAUCCAUUGAUGAAUGCUGGAAAUUGUUCAGGCAACGUGCCUUUGGACCAGACAGGGAAGCGCAUGCACAGCUUGCGGACAUAGGAAAGGAGAUAGUGAAAAAGUGUGGUGGUGUGCCUCUUGCUGCGAAAGCAUUGGGGGCCUUUUAUGUUUCACCAGGGAAGAGAGUGAGUGGCUCUACGUCAAGGAUAGCAAACUUUGGGGUCUACCACAAGAUGAAAACUCCAUCUUAG